AUGCGUCGGCAUUUCCUCUUCGCCGAGAACGAGGAGGAACGCAGCGUCGGCGAAGGCAAAGAAAAUCUACUUCGGCUAUGGCUCAAUCGCCGGAACUCCAUGCUGGAAGGUGACGAAUCCACAAAUGAGCGUGAAGCGAACGCACUGAUAGCUCGUGAAUUGACACAACUCUGGGAUCUGGCCAAGCCCAUGAAUUCUUGUACUUUAAGUCGUGAGGGGUACGUCGGAUUCUUCGCUCGGGCAGCGAAAGCGCUUGUCCUUCCAUUGUCAACUGAUGCACUCGCAAUUGCCGCAGCGCAACGAGACUGGGAGUAUGAUUUGGAAGGUGCGGGGGGUGUCGGUGAAUCUGGCAAUACUUCAAGCUUAGACAAUGAAGUGAUGUCAUCUGAACAAUUCCGUGAGGCUGUCAUGCAGCUGGCAGAAAUUAUUUUACCAGUGGAGAGUACUGUUGGUGUUUUUGCAACUUUUCUCAAGGAACUUCGUAACUCUAUCGCGAAACUUCCAAUUAAAUGUUCAAGCAGUGAACCGGAGCAAGAUGAGACCAAAUCGGCUGAGCAAAUUGAUCGCUUCACGCUGAGACCGUUGAAUCGAACCUUAAAAAUUACCAACGAAUUUCUGCAAAAGCUACCGCCAUCAAGUGAUGCGUUGCGAAGUAUUCGGGGAUUGCAACCUCCGAACCAGCGGGAGAUGUCGCUUAAACAGCUUCUUGUUUGCUAUAACCCACGUAAAUACUCGCUUACUCAGACAACCAAGACGAAAGUAGCUGAUAUGUCUCCACCUCAUGAUUUGGAGAUCGCUCGACGAUUACAUGAGGAGCUAGAGGGGUAUAUUGGCGUAGGAGCAACACCUGUACGAGCUAAGAAAGUUUACUGUGAGUCUGCAGCACACUGGAAUUCUGAAGAUGCACUCACUGCUGCUCUUACCGAGUUUCCUGCUUUGAAAAUUGCUGUUGUUGGCCCACCUGGAAGUGGUAAGACUCGACUAGCUCAAGUGUUAGCACGAAGACUUGGAUUGAAAUAUUUGUCUCUUGAUGGAGCUAUUCAACAUGCUGUCGAUCGGAAACUUCGAUUACGUCGAAACCAACCUCCUAUUGCUACCUCUGCUGAAGGGGAAGACUCAAAUGUGGAAACUUCACCAUCAGAGGCGACUGAAGAAGGUGAAAAGGCCGACAACACCGACGGCGGCGAAGAAAUAGAUCGUGUUUUUCAAGAUGAAGAUCUUGCUAAACUUUGUACUGGACGCACAGUCGCUCGAAGCACAGCACUUGCUCUUCUACGAAUAGAGGUCACGCGCUCCAUGCUCGCUGGCGUUGGAGUGGUAAUGGAUGAUGUAUAUCCGAGCGAGCUGUCGUCUUUAGAUGACCAAAAGCAUGAAAUAGCAAUGGACUAUUUGGUAACUCUCACUGCGCUGCCCAGCGAACUGGAAUUUCAGCUUAAAGGCUCCGAGUUGGCACCUGUAGCUGGCCGAUUGUACUCAGUGCGGGAGCUUGCCACUUUGAGAGCGACAAGUAGCGAGGAGCUAGCAGCCCAAGGCUUUGCCGAUUUCCUUUUGCUUCCAAAGAAACUGGAAAUAGAAGGUGAGAAGUUGCAAGAGCACAGUGCUGAUGCUGAAAUGGGUGAAAGUGAUCUAAACGCCGAAGACAAAGACGUCGAGGCAUAUCAGGGUGAAAAUGAGGAAAAGAACGAAGACAACAGCAUCGUGCCACCAUACGAACCUGCAGCACCACCGGAACCAACUCCUGCAGAACGCAACGAGUUUGAGCCACCAAAUGAGCCCACCUUACCACACGGAUCAUUGAGUGUGCUACGAUUUAGUAAGGGAUAUCACGACUACAUGAGUCGCAUGCAACACGAACUCUCAACGCGCAGAGCUGUAGAGACGGCGCGUACCCAGUCAAAUUGUCCUUUAGUGGUGGUACUGGCAACCCAAUCUCUAAAUGUCAUUCGAGAUCACUGCAUCCAAGCGAUCACGGGGACUUCACUUGCUUUUUCGCGGUUCAGUACCUCUCGUGAAGCUUGUCCAAUAACUCUGCCGGACGAUCUGACUGGUUCUAGCCGCGCUGAAAAAGUAAAGUGGCUUCUUUAUGGAGACUGGAGUACACUUCUUGAAGCUGAAACAAGUGAGAUGUUUACACGGCUGCCUAGACGAGACGCAAACCGCAGACUACUAUCAAGAUGGCGCGAGUUUUGUCCCGUGUUGUCGACUUCUACGAACAUAUUGCGGCUUGGUGAGCCUGAAUUUGCUGCAUGCUUUUCCGGACGAGUCUACUUUUUGGCAUCACAAGAAACACGACGUGAUUUCUGUGCACACCCGCUCCAGUACUUACGUAAAAAUAUCCCGAUUCCAUCCGCGUACCACAAAAUUUGGCUCGUCACCACUGGCGCAUGCGAAGUCUUGACACCUUCGUACUUGGAGACACUAGAGACGGGACUCCAUGUGCGGACUGUGUCUCCUUCGAAGUUGCUCAAGACGUCAAGUAUCUCUUUGGAAAUGCGUCUCAUGAGUGGGCAGAUUGUCUCCCCGAUUGAAGCUGCAACAGUGGCCGCUGAAGCUGUAAAAUCCUUGGAAGCCAAAUAUAACACGCCAACAGGCUGGAUGAUCACAGAUUUGCCUCUCACUCGUGACGUCGCUGCUGUUUUACUUGAACAUGGAUGUGUUCCCGACAUAAUUCUGGUGUUGGACAGAGACGUCGUCGCUCAAGAUGAGGAUCAAGAGCAGAGUUUCGAAGCUGCUGAUGCUUUAUCCGCUAUACGACGUCAACAAUUCCAGACCGAAAAAGCUGGCGCUGAUGACAUCUCACAAGGCCUUGGUAGCGUACCUCGAGUCGUAACGUGUCCACUGUUCCGCCAGCCGUGUGAUACGUUGGCAGCAAUUGAUCGCGAGCUAAACCCAAUUGCAGCGCGCUUGGAUAGUAUCGAAGCUGGACACGCUCCUCAAUUUGUUGAUGAGUACGAUCCAGCUGUGAUAUUUGCCCCACUCGUUCCCGAACAUGAUGAGGAGCAUGAGGAAACGAAAAAGACUCCAAAAGACGAAGAAGCGGAGUCCGAAGCACCGGAUCCUGAGACUGAAAAGCAAGCUAGAGCAGCAAGAAAUCGAGCGCUACAACUUCAAGGAGAGUGUGGUCGAUUUUGCCCUGUGUCGUGGCGUACACGUGGUUUGUUGAUACCAGGUCUGCCAUCUCAUAUUUGUUCAUUUCGACAGCAAUUCUACGCGUUCGCUGGCGAAUCCGAGCGUCGAGAUUUCGAGCGAAAUCCAGGAUACUUCAUCCCUGAUGGCCCUUGCGCAACUGCGAACUUCGUGCCAUGUGUACUGCUACUUGGUGUUCGAGGUUCAGGACGCGGUCGAAUCGCUGCAGCACUAGCUCAGCCACAAACGGAACAAAGUAAUUCCUCUGCAGAGUAUGUGAUUGUGGACUUGACUGCAGUUGAAAAAAAUGCCGAGCGCAACGGACAGCUGGAAGAACUCAAGUCGGAAGAAGCACGCUAUCCACCCGAAGAAAUCUAUGUCCAAGCGCUCCAACUUGAGCUCCAACGCCAGUCAAACAGUGAAAAAUCUGUGGCUCAAGUUAUCGUCGGACUGGGACCCGACGAUUCACGGAUUCCAAGCGCUGCGACUUUGGAAAUGUGUUUCAAGAACGGUCUUUUUCCAGCACUAGUAGUCCCUGUGACGGUAUCGGAAGAGGAGGCUGUGAACACUUUGUUGGCUCGAUGGAUUGCCACUCUACCAGUACCUCGUCGGAAACUUGCUCUUUCGCGGAAAAAGGAGGUGGAGGGCGAUGCUGAAAACGACGUCUCCCUUCCAGAAGAAGCUGCAGACGAAGAACCGAUCGACUUGGAAGCCGCCCGAGAAGAAGAAAUGUCUCGACUUCAAGAACAAUUCGCCGAGGACCAGACAGCUCUGAAUGAGGCUAUUGCUGGACUUCGAGCUCGAGGUAUCCGAGUAUGCGACUCGGUGGAUGCGACUAACGCACCAAGACAAGCUGCUAAACUAGUGAGAAGAAUACUCAAUGACUUUAUGGCUGGACGAGAGACACUGUUCGAGCGUUGCAAAGUUCUGGACAUGUCGGCGGGAGGCAGAAUGCAUCAGAUGUUAGCGUCAGGAGAACUUCUUGUCGGUAAGCACGGCUUGGCUUGUCCUGUUACUGGUCGUACGGAUUCUGCAUCGACUACCUCAAUGAAGGCGGUUGUAUACCGAGACGAACUUUACUUCCCGAGAUCGCGUGAAGCUCGUCGUGCCUUUAUAGCUUGUCCGUCAAAAUACCUGGAUAAAUCUAGUCUUCCACCAAGACACCAGUCAACGUGUUGUGUGGUGGGUGCUCCAUAUUCAGGCAAGACGCGAGUGGCUCAAGAACUCGCCAACGCCCUCGGACUCGUCUACGUAUCUCCCCAAAGUGCUGUAGAUUGGGUGAUUCGAUGUCAGGGCGGUUCCACGUUGCGCGGUCGAUUACUAGAGAUCACGAAGCAGCAACUUGAUCCUCUCGCCAAUCGUGAUAUCACUCAUGAAGUUAUCUGCACUCGACUGCGUUCCUCCGAGUGCCAGACACGUGGCUGGGUUCUCGACGGGUACUUGUUAAGCCAUCACGAACUGCAACGCAGUCUGCUGAAUUCUAACGAAACAGGGAGUAUUCAACCGGACAUGCUCUUCGUUCUUGAACGCAGCUUUGCCAGUGUCUGGAAGGUGCAGCAGAACAAUGUGAUGCAGAGCGAUCUUCGAGCUGGUUUUGCACGGUGGCACCAUUACCGCUUGGAGCUCGUCGAUGUUUGGAUUCGUCGCUUUGGUGUUUUCCACAUACGACAACUGGACAGUACGAGCAGCUCGCUCUGGCAUGCAGCAGCACAGGCUCAAGCACUCCUCACCGAGCAACAGCAGUUGGCAUCGCAUCACACCAUAGCAAUGAUAUCCAGUCGAGCUGCUCGAGCUCUAGGUGUUGUGCGUACGCGUGAAGAGCUGCAAGCACGUCAACAUCCUAUUUUCCAGACAUUCUGUCCCGUGGAGCUGCGUGUCGGAAGAUUCUACCACUCGCGUCAAUCCAAUCGUGACUUGUGUGUAGACUUCCGAGGGUUCAGUUUCUGGUUUCGAGAUGAACAAAACCUCCAGCACUUUGUGGCGAGUCCUGAAGCUUUUGUCGGAUACCUGGCAGACCAACCAUCAGACGAGUCGUGGCCGACACAAGAAGAAGCCGAGAGUGAGGCGCAGACACUUGUGGCAAGAGCUCCAGUAAACGCUUCACUCUUGAGCUUGCUGACUGUACCAGACUGCGACUUUCCCGAGUUGAAAGGCUACUGCCCAGUCACGUUUGCGUCGGGUUCGGGUGCCAAGGAUUGGGCUGCACUUCGACAUGGCAAUGUCUUCUUCCGUGCAUCGUACCGCUCAAAAGUUUAUUUCUUCGUCUCGGAAGAAGCACGGCGUAAAUUUUGCGCGGAACCGUCUCGACACACCUCGCAGAGUUUGCCAGUGAAGUUACCACCGCAAGUGACUCUGGCGAAGAGUUACCCGGGACAACUAGAGCAGCAACUUGGAGCUGCACUCAACGAAGUGCUGCUUGCACUGGGCAGUGAGCGUCCUAAGUUUCCGCAAAUGCCGGUGCGAUCUUCGGCUUGUCUGUAUCUUGCACUCUCGCUCAAGGCCUUGCAGCGACGUUACCAAUUGAAGAUGACGCCUGACCCACGCUCUGCACGAGAUGAAGACGAACCUGAUGAGGAGCAGAAGCAAAGGCAGCAACAGCGAGAAGAACAAGCCGAACAGGAGGCGAUUGCUAAACGCGACGCUUUUGUUAGCGACUGUCGGCUUGGAGAAAAACUAAAGACACUCGCCACACCAGCACGUAUAUCCUGUGGCUCGGGAGCUACAGUUGCUCGCGACAUGCGCGCCGCGCAGGACACACUGACUGACAACGAAACAGAGAGCCCCCAACCUGCCAUAGCCACCGAGGACGUCGAGCUGCUUCUUAACCGGUUCGAUGUUAUUGUCUCCGGCACUAGUGGCGACAAACCACUGUCAGUAGACUGUGAAACAAUCCGCAUGCACGCGAGAGCAGCAUUCCUGCAGUACACGAGACCUUCUUCUAACUAG